AUUUGCUUGACAUCAAUAAUCUUGGUCGACUUACUAGGAAUCGAUAGAUUGACAAACGCUUUCGGUCUGCUCAGUCUGUUCAGAGGAGUUGCCUCUAUGUUAGGGCCACCCAUUGCUGGUGUAAUAUUUGAUAUGACGGACUCGUAUCAGAUCCUAUUCUGGUGCGCCGGUAUUAUGCUAAUAAUCUCAUCGUUGAUAUCAUUUCUGAUUCCCAACAAAAAUAUUAAUUAUGAGGAAAAGGAAGAGCCCGACGCCGAGUACAAUAUCUGAAACUAUCUGUGAUUUCACAUUAUAUACUAAUCGGUUAAUACAUUUAACAAAUAUUAUUUGUACAUAAAUUAUAUCCCA